AUGAUGUACGACGAUGACAAGGCGAAGACCUUUUUCAUCAUCGAGAAAGGGACCUACUGCUACAAAGUUAUGCCAUUUGGGCUGAAGAACGCCGGAGCAACCUACCAAAGGCUCGUGAAUAAAAUUUUCAAGGAGCAUAUUGACAAAACCAUGGAAGUGUACGUGGAUGAUAUGUUGGUCAAAGCCCCCAAGCUUGCAUACCACCUAAAAAACCUCGCCAAGGCAUUCAGCCUGCUCCGCCAGUAUCGCAUGAAGCUGAAUCUAAGUAAAUGCACGUUCGGUGUAUCGUCCGGCCGAUUCCUGGGGUACUUAGUCACACAACUAGGUAUCGAGGCACACUCACGCCAAAUCAAAGCUAUUCUCGAGAUGAAGUCGCCUUUCAUAGUAAAGGAAAUACAGAGCUUGACGGGCAGAGCAUUGGCCCUCAAUCGAUUCCUCUCGAAAUCUACUGACAAGUGCAGACCAUUCUUCAAAGCUUUGAAGAAGGGACAAAAAGACAAGUGGGACAGGGAGUGCGAAGUAGCUUUUCAGAAUCAAAAGACCUACCUCACUUCACCUCCCCUGCUCUCAAAGCCAGUUCCUGCUAUAGAGCUAAGCCAAUACGACCUCCUCUAUCAGCCGAAGACUGCAACAAAAGCUCAGGCCUUAGCAGACUUUUUUGCAGAAUUCACACCAUCAGCCGAAGAAGAGAAGCUGGUCAGCAAAAAGAAGGAAAGUUCGAGAGCAGACAAGACCUCUGCUGAACCUGACCAACCCAGAGACAUGUGGCAGUUACGCGUAGAUGGAGCGUCGAACCAGAAAGGAGCUAGAGCAGGCGUCAUCAUCAUCACCCCGGAUGGAACCUUAUUAAAGCAAGCUAUCACGCUUGGCUUCCCGGCUUCAAACAACGAGGCAGAGUACGAGGCAUUGCUCGCUAGCUUGCAUUUGGCAAUGGAGCUAUCAAUCAAGAAGCUGACCAUCUACUCAGAUUCCCAGCCGAUCACAAGUCAAACCCCAGGAGAAUACAUAGCGAAGCACCCAAGACGCUCCAUCCUGGUCGAGCACCUUGACCAGCCUAGCAUAGAAGAGGCAGAGCAGCCAGACCUGAUGCAGAUCGACGAGGAUCCUAAUUGGCAAGACCCCAUCAUUGACUACCUAGUGAACGAAAACUUGCCCGAGGACAAGUUCGAGGCCAGAAAAAUCAAGCAGAAGGCUGGAAGAUACUACAUGAAAGGUGACACGCUUAUCUGUAGAUCAUACUCCGGGCCUCAUCUCACUUACAUCAAAUUCAGUUGCCUGCAAUCAAUAGUCACCGACAACGGUACACAGUUCUUGGGCAGACGGAUCACCGCAUUCUUUGUGAAGUAUGGCAUUAAACAGCAUCUGUCAACUCCCAGAUACCCGCAAGGCAGUGGUCAAGCAGAGGCAUCCAAUAAGAUCGUACUGGACUACCUAAAGAAAAGACUGGAAGGCGAAUAA